AUGAAGGCAAAAUACCUGCCGAUUGCCAUUCUAGAUUUUUCGCGGGACUUGGAUAUAGGUCUCUUUGAUAGGGUUGUUAAUGCGUUUUACUUGGGUUCUGGACAGGAACAAAAGCAGGCCCAAGCAGUGCUCACUCAAUUCCAAGAACAUCCGGAUGCAUGGCAGAGGGUACCAGUUAUUCUGGAAACUUCGGGAUCCAUGCAGUCAAAGUACAUAGGCCUACAGAUUCUGGAAAAGCUUAUUCAAACCCGCUGGAAGAUUCUUCCAGAAGACCAACGACAAGGGAUUCGUAAUUUCAUUGUCUCGACAACCUUGGUCAUCGCUGCGGAUGAAACGUCGUUGCGACAGCAAAAAACUUACCUUAACAAACUAAAUCUCGCUCUGGUUCAGAUUCUUAAGCAAGAAUGGCCGCACAAUUGGCCCACCUUUAUCCCUGAGAUCGUCCAAAACAGCAAAACAAACAUAGCUCUAUGCGAGAAUAACAUGGCUAUUCUCAAGUUGCUGUCGGAGGAGAUUUUCGAUUACUCCGCUGAACAAAUGACCCAAACCAAGACCAAGAACCUCAAAAACCAGAUGUGUGGCGAAUUCUCUGAGAUAUUCAAUCUGUGUCUUGAAGUUCUAGAAAAGGCUCAGAAACCUAGUUUGAUUCGUGCAACACUCGAGACCAUGCUCAGAUUUUUGAACUGGAUUCCUUUGGGGUAUAUUUUUGAAACUAGCAUAAUCGACCAAUUAUUAACAAGGUUUCUUGAAGUUCCUGAAUUCCGAAACGUUACCCUCAAGUGUCUCUCUGAAAUUGCCGGCCUUAAUGUCGGGCCAGAAUAUGACCCCAAAUUCAGAAUAUUGUUCACAAUGGUUAUGACCUCGAUCAACAAGAUGAUACCCCCCAGUACCAAUAUUGCUCAAGCAUACGAGACCUCAUCCGACCAAGAUCAAGAACUCAUUCUGAACCUUGCGUUGUUCCUUGCCAACUUCCUAACAGCUCACCUUCGUGCCGUUGAAAAUGCAGAGAACCGUGAUGUGCUUCUCAACGCACACUUGUACAUGGUCAAAGUCUCUCAAGUUGAGGAGCGCGAAGAACAACAAAGCUUGCCAAUGGGUGGGCUCGGUGGCGCUGACGCUAGCUUGCUUAUGGGCCUUAAUCUUGGAGGAGGUGGGGCGGGCGCUCAGGCGGCUGGUAUGCUUGGAGGUGUCAACUUAAGGAAGAACGCAUAUGCCGAGGUAUUGAGUAACCUCAGGUUGGUCAUGAUUGAGAGGAUGGUGAAGCCCGAAGAGGUGCUUGUCGUUGAAAAUGACGAAGGAGAAGUCGUCCGGGAGUUCCUCAAGGAGAGCGAUACCAUCGUGUUGUACAAAGCCAUGCGAGAAGUCCUCGUCUACCUCACUCACUUGGAUGUACUUGACACGGAAAACAUCUUGACUGAGAAACUGGCGAAACAGGUCGAUGGUUCCGAAUGGUCGUGGGCUAAUUUGAAUACGCUCUGUUGGGCCAUCGGCUCGAUUUCUGGCGCUAUGAACGAGACGGAAAAACGCUUCCUUGUUACAGUUAUCAAGGACCUACUUGGGCUGUGCGAGAUGAAGCGCGGGAAAGAUAACAAGGCGAUUGUUGCGUCCAACAUUAUGUAUAUUGUUGGCCAAUAUCCUCGUUUCCUCAAGGCCCAUUGGAAGUUCUUGAAAACUGUAGUCAACAAAUUGUUUGAAUUCAUGCACGAAACGCAUGAAGGCAAGGGACCACCACUCACUCUGAAGAACGGCGCUAAUGUUCUUUCUACCUUAGGUGUGCAAGACAUGGCCUGUGACACUUUCAUUAAGAUCGCCCAAAAAUGUCGCCGCCAUUUUGUCAUGCAACAGGCUGGUGAAACAGAGCCGUUUGUUGACGAGAUUUUGCGAGGGCUGCAUCGCAUCACUGUUGACUUAUCCCCACAGCAAGUGCAUACAUUCUAUGAGGCAGUUGGAUACAUGGUCUCUGCCCAACCGAACAAAUCUAUUCAAGAACGCCUCAUAAUGAAGCUCAUGGAUUUGCCGAAUAACGCGUGGGACUCGCUGAUGUCGCAAGCCGCAUCGAAUGUGGACGUUCUCGGCAACUCUGAGAACGUCAAGAUUCUGUCGAACGUACUCAAGACCAACGUCUCCGCAUGCGUUUCAAUUGGCGGCUUCUUUUUGCCACAGAUCGGUCGUAUAUUCAAUGAUAUGCUCGGAUUGUACAAAGCUGUCAGCACUUUGAUUAGCGAGCAAGUCGCGAAAGAGGGCCCCAUUGCGACGAGAACACCCAAAGUUCGCUCCCUAAGAACGAUCAAGAAAGAAAUACUCAAACUCAUGGAGACGUACGUGAAGAAGGCCGAGGAUCUUGAUACCUUGUACACCAACUUCAUCCCGCCAUUGCUCGAGGCUGUAUUGGGCGAUUAUAAUAGGAACGUGCCCCAUGCAAGAGACGCUGAAGUCUUGAAUGUAAUGGCAACAAUUACGAGCAGGCUCCAGGGUCUACUGACUCCCCAAGUACCCGCUAUUCUGGACGCCGUAUUCGAGUGUACGCUUGAGAUGAUUAGCAAGGACUUUGCUGAGUACCCGGAGCAUCGCUCUGGCUUCUUCAAGCUACUUCGAGCAAUUGAUAUGUAUUGCUUCCCUGCGCUCCUAAGCCUCCCGGCGAUUCAAUUUAAAUUGUUAUUUGAUAGUAUCAUCUGGGCGAUCAAGCAUACUAUGAGAGAUAUUGCUGAUACAGGGCUGAACUUGCUGCUCGAAAUUGUCAACAAUUUUGCCAGUGCAGAGGAAGCGAUAGCAAAUUCAUUUUUCCAACAAUACUAUUUGCCGAUGCUUCAAGAUACCUUCUUCGUCCUGACGGACAGUGAUCACAAGAGCGGAUUCAAGCACCAAAGUCUGAUGCUUCAAAGAUUAUUCCAACUAGUCGAAUCGAAUUCUAUUCAUGCCCCACUGUUUGACCCGUCGACGCAGCCUAGUCCUCCUCCUACCAAUCAACAGUUCCUUCGAGAAUAUACUGCGACGCUGCUCAAGAAUGCCUUCCCACAUCUUACCUCAUCCCAGAUUCAAAGCUUUGUCGUUGGGCUUUGUGACACUUGCAAUGAUAUUGGCAAGUUCAAGCUUUUGCUUCGUGAUUUCCUCAUUUCCCUCCGAGAGUCUUCCAACGAAGACAACGCAGAAUUGUAUUUGGAGGAAAAAGAAGCCGAACAACAGCGAAAGCUCGCAGAAGAGCGUGCAGCCGCCGAGCGUGUUCCAGGGAUGCUUAAACCAUCACAGAUCAAAGAAGAAGACGAAGAAUUGUAG